AUGGGAGAUAACCAUGGAGGGAAUCCACCACCUGAGAAAACCCUUCACCAAUGGGCAAGGCAAGAGGUUACUCAACAACCUCUUUGCAUGACAUAUCUGGCAGCCACCAACCUAGAACUAAAAUCCGGGCUCAUCUACUUACUCCCAACUUUUAGAGGUUUGGAAAAUGAAGAUCCUUAUAAGUUCCUCACUGAGCUCCAUGUUGUGUGUAUUGAUGAUGAAGAUGUGUUUGUUGAUAACACUCAAGUUGAAGGAACAAGUCAAGCAACAAAGCCGAAGAAAAGGAAAUAUGUCCAAAGGGCGACUUGUUGGGUCGAUUAUGAUGUAAUUCAUAUUAAAAAAGUUAGAUAUAGCAAAUGCAAAAAGUGUGGAACUUUGCUCAAAACCGAAUCCGGCAGAAAUGUUGGAGAAUUACCGUUCAAGUUUGUAGAGAAUGAAUCAUUUAUUGAGUAUACAAAUGCAUUAAACGGAAAAGUAGUUUUGCCAUGUAGAACCACAAUUUCAAAUAGAGUCAUCGAUUUCUAUCUUGAAGAAAAGGCUAAGUUGUUUAAGUUCUUUAGUAAUCCCUUAAGUAAUGUGCAUUUGACCACCGAUUGUUGGACAAGCUCAUGUCAAAGGUCAAGCUAUAUGGUGGUCAUGGCCCACUUUAUUGAUGAAGAUUGGGUCAUGCACAAAAGAAUUAUCAACUUUAAAUCUCAAGAUAGUCAUAAGGGAGAAGACAUUGGGCGCACGUUGUUGACUUGUCUUCAAGAGUAG